ACGACCAAAAGCACAGACACAAACUGAAGGGGAAAUGGGUAGGGCUUCGCUGGCUCUCUUGCUUUCACUGGUGUGCCUUGUUCUGAUGUUGGCCAGUGACGGCGUCGCGCAUCGACAGAAAAUGCGAAUGGAGCGGAGACCCCAGGUGGCCGAGUGCCAACUCGACCGCCUUGAGUCCCUUAAACCCGCUUAUCGUAUCGAAUCGGAAGGUGGGCUGACUGAAUCAUGGAACCAUAGCGACAAGAUACUUCGCUGCGCUGGUGUUACCCUCGUUCGACGCACCGUUCAGCCCAAAGGCCUCGUCCUGCCUUCCUACACCAAUGCUCCCCAACUCCUCUAUUAUGUCCGAGGAAGUGGGAUUCAAGGGAUGACCAUCUUUCCUUCUUGCCCUGAGUCGUUUGAAGAGCCUGAAGAAUCUGAGCGGCAAGAACACAGAGAGCAACAUCAGAAGGUGCAUGAAAUCGGGGAAGGCGACAUUAUUGCCAUACCGGCUGGAAUAGGUUACUGGUUCUACAACAACGGUAAGACCCCACUCGUUGUCGUCAUCCUCAUUGACACCAGUAACGCGGACAAUCAACUUGACGGAAAACCAAGAAGAUUCUAUCUUGCUGGGAACCCAGAAGACGAACACGGACAGGCAACUGAUGGGGAGAGAUCAGGUGGAAGAAAUUUAUUCAGCAGAAUUCACGAAGACUUGUUGAGUGAGAUAUUCGGCGUGAGAAUUGAGACGGUGACGAAGAUGAAAGGUGCAGAUGAUCCCAGAAAGAACAUUGUGUUGGUGAAGGAAGGCCUGGAAGUGGUGAGGCCAGACCCAGGGCCACGUGCCAAUGGGAUUGAGGAGACAAUAUGCACCUUGAGGGUUAGAGAGCACGUCGGUAGCGCCGCACGUGCCGAUAUAUACACCCCACACGCCGGUCGCAUCGCCACCCUCAACAGCAUCAAGCUCCCUAUCCUCGCCGACCUCCAUCUGAGCGCCGAGAGAGGCGUUCUUUACAAAAACGGUGUUUAUACGCCACAUUGGAAUCUGAAUGCGAACAGCAUAGUGUAUGUGACAGGAGGGAUUGGGAGAAUUCAGGUGGUGAACAACGAAGGGAAGAGCGUGUUCGACGGGGAGAUGGAAGAGGGAGAGGUGUUAGUGAUUCCUCAGAAUUUCGUGGCGGUGAUGCAGGCGACUGGAGAAGAAGGGUUCGAGUGGAUAGCCUUCAAGACGGCAGAGAAUGCAAUGAUUAACACUCUAGUAGGGAUAUCCUCAGCCAUUGGAGCUCUGCCUGUGGAUGUCGUUGCCCAGAUUUUCCGAGUUAGUAAAGAGGAAGCCUAUAAGCUCAAAAUCGGCAGGGACCAGACUUCUCUGUUUAGUGUAACCUCCCCGUCCUCAUCAAAAUAA